AUGGCAACAGCAAUACAGGAUCGUAUUAUUCCCUCUAUGAAUACUUUGGUCAAAUACGACAACCCAGUUCUAGAUACAAUCCGGCCGGAAAAGGUACGCAAGGAGGUACCGCCAAAAAUCGGAGCAACAACUUGUAAAGUUCAAUCGACUCCUAUUACGGUUGAUACGCGACGUGAAACUGUCGACAUUCUCAACAGGAUUUUGCCACCUAAACAAUGGGAAGAAGAUGGUCAAACAUGGAUUCAACAAGUAUCGAGUACACCAGCAACAAGAUUGGACGUUAUUAAUUUGCAAGAGCAACUUGAUAUGAGAUUGCAACAAAGACAAGCAAGGGAAACUGGCAUUUGUCCAGUUCGUAGAGAACUUUACACACAAUGCUUUGAUGAAAUAAUACGUCAGGUUACUGUGAAUUGCUCCGAGCGUGGUUUACUUUUGCUCAGAGUUCGGGACGAACUCAAAAUGACAUUAUCCGCGUAUCAGAUUUUGUACCAAAGUAGUAUUGCUUUCGGUAUGCGUAAAGCUCUGCAAGCCGAACAAGGAAAAGAGGAUUUAAUUGCUACUGCGGACGAAUUGCAAUCGCAAAAAACCGACUUAGAGAAAACUGUUGCCGAAUUGAAGCAAAAAUUUGAACAGAUUCAAAAACGCGCGGCUGAAUUGAGAGAAGCCGAGGAAAAGAAACAUAUGGAAGAAAUACAAUUUCUUAAAAAAACAAAUCAACAGUUAAAGACACAAUUGGAAGGUAUUAUUGCACCGAAAAGAUAAAGCUAUUGCAAAUGACAGUUUUAAUUUGGAGAAAAUAUAUUAAUCUUAAUAAAUACUCU